CCUAAGGAAACUAUGAGCAGUACUUAUGGCGAGACAGUCAGCCCUGAUUCAGAAAUGAACGCAAUAUAAUUUCACGUCUACUUGAUGGAGCUACUUUUCUACAGGGAAAAAUAAAAGGCGACUUCGGAAGUAUGGCUGCCCACAAUUCUUCGUCCUGCAACCCUGGACUGACACCCCAUUUAACCAGGCUCUACUGUGCAGUGCUUGCUGGAGGGCUGGUGGGCAUCAUCUCCAUUUUGUUCCUGCUGGUGAAGAUGAACACCCGGUCUGUGACCACCACGGCAGUCAUUAACCUCGUCGUGGUCCACAGUGUNNNCCUGCUGACGGUGCCUUUUCGCUUGACCUACCUCAUCCGGCACACCUGGACAUUUGGGUUGUCCUUCUGUAAAUUCGUGAGCGCCAUGCUGCACAUCCACAUGUACCUCACGUUCCUGUUCUACGUGGUGAUCCUGGUCAUCAGGUACCUCAUUUUCUUUAAGCGCAAGGACAAAGUGGAAUUCUACAGAAAGCUGCAUGCUGUGGCCGCCAGCACGGGCAUGUGGCUGCUGGUGGUCGUCAUCGUGGUGCCCCUGAUCGUCUCUCAGUACGGAAGCUCCGCGAAGUAUGAAGAGCAACACUGCUUCAAGUUCCACAGAGAGCUUGUCUACCCCUCUGUGCGAGUCAUCAACUACUUGAUCGUCAGCACUGUCAUAGCCAUUGCGGUGAUCCUCCUGGUCUUCCAGAUCUUCAUCAUCAUGAAGAUGGUGAGGAAGCUACGCCACUCCUUGCUGUCCCACCAAGAGUUCUGGGCCCAGCUGAAAAACCUGUUUUUUAUAGGGGUCAUUGUUAUCUGCUUCCUUCCCUAUCAGUGCUUUAGGAUCUACUACUUGUACACCGUGGCACACUCAAGUGACUGUAACGUUGCAUUUUAUAAUGAAAUCUUCUUGAGUGUAACAGCGAUUAGCUGCUUUGAUUUGCUGCUCUUUGUUCUUGGGGGGAGCCAUUGGUUUAAACAAAAGAUAAUUGACCUAUGGACUUGUCUUCUGUGCCGUUAGUCACAAAAUAGAGUCUUCAGAUUUACUUCUUUUAUACUGGGAGUGAAAAUGGGUCCAGGGUGGUAGGAAUGCUACUUCGUUACUGGAUUAAAACCAUACCCUGAUGCAGCCAAACAAAAGGACUAUAAAAUGCCAGAGCAUUCCAGUCCUUAUUUAAUCCCUACUAUGUCUAAAGAGCACCCACACAAAAACUGGUGAUGCUCAAUCCACCUGGAGUUGCAAUACUACAUUAUCUUCCGAUACAAAAUGUCUGCCUGGCCCAUCCAAGUACCAUGGGUCUCAUGGUUUCUGAAUUUUACGAGCUUAUUUUAGUUUCCUCAGUUUGAAAAUAUGGUCUUUUCUUAGGCUUUCAACCGUGCUCAGCCCUGUAGCUCUUUUCAUUCCACGUAAAACCUUAGGUAAAAUUAAUUCUGGCCCCAAUUCCAAAGCCACAAACUCUAUUUUGCUAACCAGAUAAGAUGCCAUUGCAACUCACACUCUGACAAAAAAACAGUAAGGGGGAAGGCAGUAAGAAGCUUUUCUAGGUGAUCAUAACUUCAGUAGGAAGUCACUUAUCUAAACCAGGAGAAACGGAACUCCUCCUGGCCUUCCGUUACAAUGAGGUUAUCUAGAUUUAUCCUUUGAAAGGUCAAGUUUAAGGACUUGGAUCAACUCCCUCAAUAUCUCCAAAAUCACUUUAAAAUUUACUGAACAUUAUCUAAAUAAUGGUUAGGGUGUAAGAGAGACUAUUCCUGACCAAUACGCUUCUAGGCAUUCAAGUAAGUUCCCAAGGGGAGUGAUUAAAAUUUUUUCCUUUUCUAUUUCUGAAGAAUUUCUAGAGGUUCAGGUUCACAGUUAAUUGAGAUGUUCCUUAAAGACAUAAAGUGAUACUGUAAUCCUUAAAGUU